AUGGAUUGCGAGAACAACGCCGACAUGGGCGAUUUGUCCGAGAAGAUUCGCAACUUCUAUGGGCUGAGGUGCAUCGAGCAGUUGCGGGGGACGCAGGCGCAGACCAGCGAGGGUGAGACGCCAGACGCCAAGAAGGAUCCCCAGCAGCUCGAGCAGGACAUGUGGGACGAGUUGAAGAAGGGAGGGUUUUUCUUUGCCACCAGGGGCGAGAAAAUGUCAGGCAGGUGGGCUCGCGCAUUGGAGAACGACGCGGAGCUGGCCACGCGAUACAAGGCGCAGAUCGGCAUGGUCAACAAGUCUGCUUUCCGCGCAGACUGGGCUUCGAAACAGUACAAGAAGUUUACAGAGCACUGGUCUAAGAAGGUUUCAAACAAGAAGACCGAGAAGCUCGAGGGGAGGUACUUAAGCCUGGCCAGGAUCGCCCACAAGGAAGGAGGAGGGGCAGACGGGUUGAAGGCGGCCACAACGUAUUGCACGAACUGCGUGUUGUUCGGGAAGCAUUGGUGCAAAUUCGACAGGAUGACGAACACGCUGAAGUUCUACUACGUGGAGCACUCCAUGAGCGACGAGUACAGCACCGAGGUCAAGUCGCCGCUCGAGAUUGCCAUGCAGGCGUUCCGCAAGGAGAAGGUGCUCUACAGGGGGCUCAAGUCCCAGGCCGCCAGCCAGAUCAUCCUCAUCGAGGCGGAUCCCACCUGGAAGAACUUCAACAACGACCAGAACAAGGGGGAGAUCGAGCGCUUGCUGAAAGAGAUUGAAGACGUGGUGACGUCGACCGACCACCUGGGCGAGCUGCUGACUCUCGACGACGUGAGCUUGAUCAAGAAGCGGGUCGGGGAGCAGAAGAUGGAGGAUGCCGUGCGCGACGGCAGCAAGGAGCCUUUGUCGAAGUUGAAGGACCACAUCGCGGGGAUCCUGCGCAUGUACGCCAGCAAGAACCAGCAGCCUGGCGCCAAGAGCAAGCGCAUGGGCAAUGUGAAAUUUUAUUCUACGUUCACCGAUGAAUCGCUGAACUUGGUUCUCAGGAACUGCGCUCAGAAGGUGCGUCGGCGUCUGCUGCUGCGGGAGGUGCGUCGGCGUCUGCUGCUGCGGGAGGUGCGUCGGCGCCAGCUGCGGGAGGUGCCUCGGCGCCAGCUGCGGGAGGAGUCGGUGGCGGGUCGCCAGCUGCGGGAGGUGCGUCGGCGCCAGCUGCGGGAGGCGAGAUCGUGGCUCUCGGACCCGAUCCCCAGGGACCUGGAUGCCUUCGAGCUCUGCUGCGGCUUCGGGGGCAUCACCAGGGAGAUCAACGAUCGCGGGGGGCGGGCUCUUGGCAUGGACAGGCGCCUUUCCGACCCGUUACCCAGGACGACGGGGCAUCCGAGCGAGGACAUCUGCGCCCUCCCAGGGAUGCUGAUGGCGCUCUACAGCGUGCUGCGCAUCCGCCGCGGCGGCAUGUUCUGGAGUUCGCCAGAAUGCAAGACGUGGCUGCAGAUGUGCUCUUUCCACACGAGCCCCCCAGUCGCAGGGCGCGCCAAGGGCGACCUGCUCGGCGCGGCUGAGCGCCUCGACGUGCAGGAGGCGAACCACUGCGGUUUCUUCCUGCGGGGGCCGUGCAGUAUUCUCGCGUGCCUCACCUUGUACUCCGUUACCGUAUGGCAGAUCCUCGGAGGAUCGUCCAUGCGGCAGCAACGCAGGUCGUUCUUGCUCAUGAUUGCUUGGGGCAGAUUGGUGGAGACCUGCACUGAGCAACCGACGGGGUCGUUGCUCAUCGACCUCAUUGAGUCCAUGGCCGUGCACCCGAACCUGAAGCACGUGACCACGUAUCUCGGUCACUUCAGGGCCCCCACGGUCAAUCCGCUCACGAUAUUGACGACGUUGCCGAGGAUGCAGUGGGUGACAGGUAGAAAGGGCGAGCAGAAGGCGUCGGAGAAGUAUCCAGACGCCUUCUGCUCGCAGUUCUUCGAGCGCGUCGGCGACCGGCCCCGGGAAGCCGCGCUGCAGUUCCUGGAGGACCGCUUCUUCACCGCUCAGAAGCAGAGCGCGGAUGACGCAGUCGGUGAGGGCGGCGGGGGCGGCAUCCCCGUGAGCAGCCCCCCGAGCAUCCGCUCCUCCCGCCCCAACGACGAGGCCGCGCAGGCCGCCGGCGGCGCCGGGCUCCUGCGCUUCCCGCAGCGCAGCGCCGCGCAGGCCGCGGAGGAGACGAAGAAGCAGCUGACGCAGCUGCAGCAGGAGCUGGAGCAGCAGCAGCAGAAGUUCGGCCUCGAGCUGGACCAGCUGCAGAUGGAGCUGGACCACGCGCGUCAGAAGAUCACGCAGCUCGAGCUGGCGGACGCGAACCAGAAGAAGAUGAACAGCGACUGGCAGGCCCUGCUGGACAGCGCGCAGAAGUCGCACCAGGCCCAGCUGGAAGAGGUGCGGAAGCGGCACGUGGACGACCGGGCGCUGUGGGAAGAGAACAGCAAGGCCGAGGUGGAGAGGGCCACGAACGAGGCGGUCCAGCGCGCGGCGCGCCAGCACGAUGCCGUUCGCCGCGAGCUGGAGGCGCGCCUGCAGGAG